AUGCACUCCUAUGUAUGCUCUGUCGUCAACAACCACGGUGAGCAACUCUACACCCUGGCCGAAGGUACGCUAUCACAAGAGUCCACUACCCCCGUUAGCUUCGACUCGGUGUACGGCAUGGCCUCCCUCUCCAAACUCAUGACUACAGUCGCCGUCAUGAUCUGUAUCGAACGCCGGCAGAUUUCCCUCGACGAUGACAUGGCCCAAGUAUUACCAGAUCUGUGCGCCCUCCCUGUCCUCGACGGCCUUGAUUCCGAGGGCCGGUGCCGAACAAAACCGCGGACAAAGACAAUCACGCUUCGGUUGCUUUUGAGUCAUCAGAGCGGCUGUGGCUAUCAUUCAAGCCCCCAACUUGCAAUGUGGGCGAGACAGAAUAGCAAGACCAACAGCGUUUUUGACAGUGACUUUGAAGUUAUGAAGACCUUCCCACUUCUCUUCGAGCCUGGAGAAGGUUGGAUGUAUGGCUCUGGUCUGGAUUGGGCUGGCGAGGCCAUCGCGAGGAUUAACCAUACCACGCUCGAGGAAUUCAUGCGAGCCAACAUCUGGGAGCCGCUGGGCAUGUCUUCGACUACUUUCCACCCAGAACUCCAUUCAAACAUGAUGGAUCGUCUCGUCGCCAUGUAUGAACGCACCGACGAUAACGGCUUAAAGCGCGGGCCUUGGCUCUCGCACAUCCCAGCCACCCAUGACUGUGGCGGUCACGGCAUCUGGUCGACACCUCGCGACUGGACUAAGUUUCUCAGAAUGCUCCUUGCAGAUGGCCAACCAAUCCUAUCCGAAAACAGCGUCGAUGAGAUCUUCAAGCCCCAGAAGGUUGACUCGAACGACCUACAAGAGCUGCUGUCGGGCCCGCUGCGUGCGUCCCUUCGCUCUACCGUCGACAUGGGCGCCGGCCGAAUCGAGAUCGCGCUAGGCGGUCCUCUUUACAUGGACGAGAUCCCUGGAAAGCGCUCUGCGGGGACGUUACAAUGGGCUGGCCGGCCGAAUCUAUUCUGGUGGAUUGACAGGGCCAAGGGCGUGGCGGCAACGACAUUUACUCAGGUCAUCUCACAAGCUGACGCCAGGUUUGAGGAGUUGACCAGUGAGUUUGAACAGGGAGUGUAUACCGACUUCACAUGA